AUGGUGCGCUACCCGGCUCCUCCAACUCGGGUGUACCACUUCAUGGCCGAAGUGAUGGCUUUCAAGGUCACGGUCGCGCUCCGUGCAAGAAGGGUGGAGAAGUGGAUCCAUGGUGGGAAGAGGGACUUUCUCGACGCCGCAACGACCAAGUGCGUCAGCUUGGACAGCGAGUUCACCGAUCCUCGCGCGGCGGGUGAUCAGCGCGCCGCCGUCCUUCAACUCUUGCCACAAGUGCUCAAGGAGUUCUUGCAGGACAUGAACAUCAAAUUCUUCGGCGCCACUAUCGACAAUGAUGGGAAAAUGAUGCAUCACUACGACAUUCGUAUUACUUCUGCGUACGACCACCAGAAGUUACUCCCCAACCCCACCAACAGGUCCACCCCGAGUCUAUAUGAUCUGGCAAUCUAUACCAUUGGGACAAACCUUGAGAAGAAAAAAAAACAGAAGUACAAGAAGAUGGACGUCGCCGCUCAAGAAAAAUAA